UGAGAGCAGCCCUCACAGUUGAGAAGCGAUGGCCAUAGCACUGUGGAAGCUUGCAAUGCCCGACAGCUACCGGUCAGUCAGGAAUCAGUUUGGAGUAGGCAAAUCUAAUGUAGGGGCUGCUGUGCUUCAAGUAGCCAACACAGUCAUUGACCAGCUGCUAUCAAGGGUAUUGACUUUGGGAAAUGUGCAGACCAUUGUGGAUGGCUUUAAUGCUCUGGGGUUCCCUAACUGCGGCGGGGCAAUAGAUGGAACGCAUAUCCCUAUCUUGGCCCUGGCACACCAGGGCGGCCAGUACGUAAACCGCAAGGGAUACUUUUCCAUGGUGCUGCAAGCACUAGUGGGUCACAAGAGAUGUUUCACUGACAUCAGCUUGGGAUGGCCAGAAAAGGUGCAUGAUGCUCGCAUCUUCAGGGACUCUGGCCUGUUUGAACAGCUGCAGGAAGGGAUUUACUUCCCAGACCAGAAAAUUACUGUUAGGGAUGUUGAAACGCCUGUAGUUAUCCUCGGGGACCCAGCCUACCCCUCAGUGCCCUAGCUCAUGAAGCCAUACACAGGCACCCUGAACAGUAGUAAGGAACAGUUCAACCAUAGGCUGAGCAAGUGCAGAAUGGUGGUAGAAUGUGCUUUUGGAUGUUUGAAACCGUGCUGCCGCAGUUUACCGACUCAGUAGACUGUAGAUCUCAGCACAACCAAUAUUCCAAUUGUAAUUGCUGCUUGUUGUGUGCGCCACAAUAUCUGUGAGAGUAAGGGGGAGAUGUUUAUGGAGGGUUGGAAGGUUGAAGAAACUUGCCUGGCGGCCAAUUUCGCACAGCCAGACAACGGGGCAAUUAGAAGAGCACAGCAGGGCGUGCUGCACAUCAGAGAAGCUUUGAAAGCCAGUUUCAUGACUGGCCAGGCUACAGUGUGACAGUUGUGUUUGUUUCUCUUGAA